AUGGAGCCCGUGGGCGCCUGGAGCCCCACGCGGGUGGCCGCCUGGUUCCGAGGCCUGGACGCGGUGGUGCAGGGCUACCCGUUCGAGGCGUGGGCGCUGCCGGGGGCCGAGCUGCUGCGGCUGUCGGCGGCCGCGCUGGAGGCGCUGGGCGUGUGGCGCCUGGGCCACCAGGAGCUGCUGCUGGAGGCCGUGGAGCAGCUGCGGGCACUGGACCAGGAGCUGGCGAGCACCAGCCUGCGGACGCUGACGGAGCAGCUGCGGGCGCUGGCGUGCCGGGCACAGGGCCUGGCGCGGGGCGGGCGGCGCGCGGGGGCCGCGCCGCGGCCGCCGUCCCUCGAGCUGCUGGCCUGCGUGGCCGAGCUGCUGGGCGCCGCCAAGGGGCUCUUCUCCUGGCUCAACAGGUACCUCUUCUCCACCCUGAACGACUACUCGGCCAGCCGCGACAUCGUCUUCCUCUGCGUGGAGCUGGUGGAGGCGCUGCAGGAGGAGUGCCCGGCGGAUGAGAGGGAGAGCCGCAUCCUGCCCAUCUGCCAGCACAUCGCGGGCAUCUGCGAGAGCAUCGUGCGCUGCAGCCCCGCGGCGCUGCUGGACCGCACAGCCGUGCUGCAGUGUGUGGGGCUGGCGCCGGCGCUGCCCGCCGCCCCGCUGGACCUGGACGUCACCUCCACCAGCUCUGGGCUGCACUUCAUCUCCGGCACCACCUCGCAGGCGCUGGCCGUGCACAGGCCCCCGCUCCUGCCCGGAGACGAGAUCGUGCAGAUCAACGAGCAGGUCGUGGUGGGCUGGACACCCGUCAACCUGGCCAAGAAGCUGCAGGAGAGGCCGAGCGGGGCCACGCUGGUGCUGAAGAAGAUCCUGCUGAGCCCCCCUGGCUCCCCGCAGGCUGCCGGGCCGCCGGGAGCGGGGUUGGAGGCGGAGGAUCCUGUUGGCAUCCGGAGCAACGAGUGUCCCGGCAGCCCCACAUCGCUGAGUUCCAGCGCAGCUGCCGACUGGGAAUCGGGGCCUGACUCGGUGCCAGAUCCCGCCACCGACGAGGAGGACGAGAGGGACUCCAGCCUGCCCGGCUCGGAGGCUGGCGAGUUCCUGCAGGGACUUCUCAGAGACGGCGCUUCAGAGGACGCGGCAGCCCCGAGCUGCACGGUGCCGGCCGGGCCGCGCUCGCCCCGCGCCCUCGCUGCUGCAGGCGCCGCGGAGCUCGGCCUCCCGCACGGCCCCCGCAACGGUGCCGGAGCCCGAGCCGCGGAGCCCGGCCAGCUCCACGGAGAGGACAGUCCCGAGACGGGCCGCAGACCAAAAGGAGUGGCGACGCGGCUGAGCCGCCGGCGGGUCUCGUGCCGGGACCUGGGCCGGGUGGACUGCGAUGGCUGGCUCCUGAAGAAGAAGGACCACGUGGCCUUCAUGGCGCAGAAGUGGAAGCGCUGCUGGUUCGUGCUGAAAGGCCACACGCUCUACUGGUACAACCACCCCAACGAUGACAAGGCCGCGGGCCUCAUCAACGUGGCCACCUACAAUCUGGAGAGCACGCGGGAGCAGAAGAAGAAAUAUGUUUUCCAGCUCUCCCACGAGACGUACAAGCCCUUCAUCUUCGCCGCAGAAACGCUGGCUGAUUUGAGCAUGUGGGUCAGUCACUUGAUCACAGCCAAAACGAACUACGCGCUGGCCCACCAGCCGGUCCCGCACAGGGAGGAAGACUGCUACAGCGAGACGGAGGCCGAGGACCCAGACGAAGACUCCCCCAGGCAGGGCUGCGACUCCCCGAAGAAGAGGCUGCAAAGCGCCCCAGAGAAAGCACAGCUCUUCCCGGGCAGCGGCGAGCCCGGCAGCGCAGCCGGCAGCCCCCAGGGCAGCCCCCGGCCCUGCUCACCCAUGGACCCCUCCGGGGAGGACCUGGAGAGCCUCAUGCAGUGCCUGAAGCAAGGCGGGGUGUCCCUCAUUGGGAGGCAGCGGUUCCUGACGGAGGAGCAGUGCCGCAAAUCCUUCAUCAAGCGCAACAAGAACCCCCUCAUCAACGAGAAGGUGCAUGUGGUGCGCGCCCUGCAGAGCACGCUCAAGGCCAAGCUGACGGAGCUGCAGGUCCUGGAGCAGCUUCUCGGCGACAGCGCGCUCACCUCGGAGAAGUUCGCGAGCUGGAAGGAAGAGCACCAGGAGCUGUACCAGGAGCUGCGCGAGUCGUGGCUGCGGCAGCAGGGCCAGGACGCGGCCGGGGCGCCCGGCCCGCUGCGGGCGGCUGCCGAACCGUGA